GGACCGGCGAGGAGGCUCUGCUCCACCAGCAGCAUCACUCACACCUGAGGAACUCAAGCAGCUGCGCUCAGCUGCGUCCCAAAGCUGAGGAAACCAGCUGUUUGUUUUUAACUUUUGCAUCAGUUCUGUAGAAGAUCAGGAAAAAAAAGAAAAGAAAAAAAAUCAUCUGUCGCUGCGAACGUCAGCAAAAUGUUGGAAUUAAAUAAACUGGCAUUUCUGCUGUCUUGUCUGGCCUGGUUGCCUCUGGGGCAAGGAUCGGGGAUGACCAGAGACAUGUACAACAGGAACAGGAGACUGGCUGUCAACACAUUCACUGACUCACAGACAACAGGCGUGACUGAGUGGACCUCUUGGUUCAAUAUCGACCAUCCCGGGGGAAAUGGAGACUACGAACGCCUGGAGGCCAUCCGUUUCUACUACAGGGAGAGAAUCUGUGCUCGGCCUACGGCUAUGGAGGCUCGCACAACAGACUGGGUGGCAGCUGUAGAUACCGGCGAAGUGGUCCACUCGAGUUUAGAGAAGGGCUUCUGGUGCAUCAACAAAGAGCAGCCACUUGGCCGUGUCUGUUCCAACUACCAUGUUCGAUUUCAGUGUCCCCCAGUGCAGAGCUAUUGGACUGACUGGACUGAAUGGGGCUCUUGUUCAACCACGGUUUGCAACGAUGUGGGAAUCCAGGUUCGUCAAAGGAAGUGUGUGAGUGCUCAGCCCAUGCCCCUGCUGUUUGUUCCAGCAUGUCAGGGGCACCACUCAGAGAGGAUGGAGUGCUCCACCCCCCCAUGUACAGCCAAGUGGAGUCCAUGGGGUCGUUGGGGGGUGUGCUCGGUGACCUGUGGAGGGGGUCGGAGGACAAGGCGACGGACCUGUCUGAGGACCUCAGUGACAGUGCAGUGUUCAGGCCGACCUGUUGAAGUACAAAAGUGUGGAAAGAAUCCAUGCCCAGUCAAAUGUCAGCUCGUCUGCGCAGUAGGUCGUCCUAGUGAGGACUGCAGCCGUUGCGUGUGUAAGGGUCAUUCCCUGCAUGGAGAAAUCUACACGGUGACUGGAGUCCCAGUGGCAGGAGCAAGUGUGGCUCUAGCCAGCCAUCCCAAAGUCAUUCAAGCUCGUACGGAUGUCAAAGGGCAGUUCAGGCUCACAGGAGUCUGCUCCUCCAGUUCAACUUCAGUCACUAUCAAGAAGGAGAAGUUUGCCCCGAUAACUGUCUCGACCUCCAGCAAUACAACAGGGUUGUCCUGGUUACGGGCUGUCCUUAGAUCCGCAGAAAAACCAUACAUCGUGAAGCACCCAGAGGACAAAGUACGUUAUGAAGGAGGACGGGUGCUGUUGUGCUGCACGGCAACAGGAUCACCGGCACCUGACAAAUACUACUGGUACCACAAUGGGACUCUGCUGGACAGAAAAUUCUACAAGUAUGAAGAGGACCUCGUACUGCGUGAUCUAAAGCCAGAGCAGUCAGGACAGUAUUAUUGCAAAACCAGCGGCCCUGCAGGCAGCAUAAAGUCAUCCCCAGCCAUCCUUACCGUCAUCGCAAAAGGAACACCAGCAUGCAGUUCUACCCCUGAAUCCCACCUCGUCAGACUACCAAUGGACUGUGUUCAACCUGGAACCAACUCCAAGUACUACAAUGCUGGUAGAUGCCCUUUCAACAAAUGUGCUGGCUCCCUAGACUUUGAUAUGCGCUGCAGAGAUGGAACUGGAUUCUGUUGUGGGGUCCAGACAAUGGAGAGCCGAGUCAUUGACUGUGGUAGCUACAGUCUUCCUAUCAAGGCCGUGGCAAACUGCGGCUGUCAGAAGUGUGUGCAGCCAACUGUUCUGGUACGUGGCAGAGUGGCGACUGCUGACAAUGGCGAGCCUCUGCGUUUUGGACACAUCUAUAUUGGUAAAGAAAGAGUAGGCACCACAGGAUACCAAGGAGGCUUCACUUUGCAAAUUGCUCCAGAUACCCAACGAUUAGUGGUGAAUUUUGUUGACCCCACUGAGAAGUUUCUUGACACUCCAAAAGUAUUCAUCUUUGACAAGAAAGGUGGCUCCAUCUAUCAUGACGUGAAAGUGAUGAGGAAGCAGAUACCAAUUGACAUCAAUGCUGCAGAAACCAAUUUUAUUGAUUUAGGAGAAAUUAAAGGGGAGGACCCAAUAGGGCAAUUGGUCAUUCCUCCCAAUUCCUUCCAUAAGGACAAUGGAGAAGUCUAUGAGGGGACUGUGAAAGCCAGCGUCACAUUCAUUGAUCCUAGAAACAUCACAACAGCAGCUGCAGCACCUGGAGACCUCAACUUUGUCGAUGACGAAGGUGACAUGCUCCCAUUGAGGACAUAUGGCAUGUUCUCUGUGGACUUCAGAGAUGAGACCAAUAAGGAAAUGCUUGGAGCUGGAGCUGUCCAAGUCCUCCUCGACACACAGCAUGUUAAAAUGCAGGAACACAUUCCCAAAAUGAAGUUGUGGUCUUUAAACCCAGACACAGGUGUGUGGGAGGAAGAGAGUGACUUCUCCUACAGCACAACAACUUCUGGAGGUCAUGGGCGGAGCAAGCGUGAGGAGCGUACAUUCCUCAUAGGCAACAUGGAGAUCAGAGAACGCAGACUCUUCAACUUGGAUGUCCCUGAAAACAGACGCUGUUAUGUUAAAGUCCGUGCAUACAUGAGUGACAAAUUCCUUCCUACUGAACAACUGGAGGGUGUUGUAAUCAGUUUGAUAAACCUGGAGCCAAAACCUGGUUAUUCGUCUAACCCCAGGGCAUGGGGUCGCUUUGACAGCGUCAUAACUGGGCCCAGUGGAGCCUGCUUGCCAGCUUUCUGUGAUGCCAUGAGGCCUGACGCUUACACAGCUUAUGUUACUGCAAUGCUAAGUGGAGAAGAAUUGGAGGCAGCUCCUUCUUCCCCAAAGAUGAAUCCAAACAUCAUUGGAGUGUCUCAGCCCUAUCUAGAUAAAAUAGACUACCAGCGUUCAGACCAUGAUGAUCCAGCUCUGAAGAAAACAGCCUUCAGAAUCAACUUGGCAAAGCCUAACCAAAACAAUCUUGAUGAGACCAAUGGACCAAUAUAUCCAUACCAGAAUUUAAUAGCUUGUGAAAAUGCCCCUGUGGAUGCAAACCACUUCAGGUUUUUUAGAGUGGAAAAGGACAAGUAUGAGUACAAUGUUGUUCCCUUUGAGGAGAAUGAUUUGACAACCUGGACAGGAGACUACCUCUCCUGGUGGCCAAACCCUCAGGAGUUCAGAGCAUGCUUCAUCAAAGUGAAGAUUCAUGGAACGAAGGAAGUGAUGAUCAGGUCGAGGAAUAUGGGAGGAACACACCCACAGACAAAAGAAAAACUUUAUGGUAUUAGAGACAUUCGCAGUACCCGUGACAUGCGAGAGGCCAACACCUCGGCUGCCUGUGUCGAAUUCAAAUGUAGUGGCAUGUUAUAUGAUCAAGCAGAGGUGGAUAGAUCACUCAUAUCAUUGCUUCCACAGGGUAAUUGUCGCAGGGUUGGUGUCAACAAUCUCCUACAUGAGUAUCUCAUUAAACAUCCACCAGUCGCUCAAAGCAAUGAUUCACAUGCUUUCACCAUGUUGGCACCUGUGGAUCCUCUGGGACACAACUAUGGAAUCUACACUGUCACAGACCAGAACCCCAGAGUGGCCAAAGAGAUCGCUAUUGGGCGCUGCUUUGAUGGCACCUCAGAUGGUUUCUCCAGAGAGAUGAAGUCAGAUUCUGGAGUGGCUAUGACGUUCAGCUGUCCAGAGAGGAAAAUUAACAGGGAAAGCCUCUUCCAACGUCUUCAGACCAACCCCAGCCAGACAUUGUCACAGAUGGCAAGGGAUAUGAGGGAGUUAAACCGCCUGCAGGUGCCGAGAUCAGCCACCCAGGUGGUGGCUUAUCCCUCAGAGCAGCAGGAUGGGACCCAGGGUCGCAGAGUGAGUUCUUCAACCAGGAGGAGAUCAUCAAUGAGAGUGCAGCAGCGUCAGUAGAAGCAGCCCCAGAGAAAUAGGCCAGUGGAGAAUCAGCGGAGAAUCUCAUUAGGGCACUGGGUCCAGAGGGUAAAUGUUUUCUAUCUGAUGAGAAGUUCAAUUUCUCUCUUGACUUUGAACAUCACGAAAUUGACACGGAGAGCAAAUCAACAAAGUCAUCAAGUAUGAUUGAUGAUAUUAAUUAUUCUGAUAAUGACUUGAAGGAUUUGGUACAAACAUUUCCUCCUUCCCUCCAAACAUGCUCAUGUACACAGUGACUGGUAUUUAUUUGAUUGGCUUUGUUCUAAUUUUAUGAAUGAGUACACAAAAUUGGCUCUGACUAUGGAUCUUUUAUUAGCUUAUUUGUGGCAUUCCACCUUAGCAAACAUCUGUCAAUGCUUAUUUUUGAACCCAAACCUUCAAAUGCUGUAGAUACUAUGGUAAACCUCAAACACUUUAUAAUUGGCCAUUGCUUUCCAAUGAACUCAUGCUUUCAUGAUCAGAAAGAAACCAACAUGAACUCCCUGUUGUCUGCAGCAGACACUGAGCCCUUUUUUCUACUAACGGGGAAACUCUUUUCCCCAAAAGGGAGUAAAACUCAAAACAUACAGCAUAGUGAGCCAUACCAACCAGGAAUUAGAGGAUACCUUCAAGUUUCUUAAUGUUUUUCUUUAGACUGCCAUAUUGCCAACUGUGACUUAGCCAAACAUCCUUUCACACCUACUUAAAAUGUGCAUGACCACAACUGUUUCCAAGACAAACCUGGAUCUCACUUACAAGAGGUCUAAAAUGAAGAAAAUUGAUUGUGAGACUUGACAAAUUUCCCUUUCCCUCUGCACAUUCCUUAUAAUCAAACAAAAUGUUGUCCAAACAAUAUAUUCCAGAGUAUUUCCUUUUCACGUCAAGAGGACUCAUUCAGGGUCUAAACUAACUUUGUUGUCGGGAAAUGUGUUUGUGAGCUUCCUUUGUAUGUUGAAGUGCAAUAAUUCUAAUUAAACUUGAGAAUUAGUAAAACUCAGCAUAUGGCAAAUGAUUACAGUGCAUGUAAAACGCUACUGGGGAAUCAAAAAAUCCUUCUGUAUACAGUUGUACUUGGAAGUCUGUGAACCAUUUAGACAAAACUUAAGAAAGAAAAUCCAUUAUAUUUAUUUAUGAUCCAAUAAUACACAUUUUUGAGUAUGUGACGCUCACAUCCAAUAUCUUAAUAAACAGUUCAGCAACAACCAAUCAGUCCUGCACCAUAUUAGAGGAAUAUCUGUGAAAACUGUAUGAAGUUUCAGUUUCUUUUUUCAUUUUUUCUAAUGGUUCACAAACUUUCAAGUAGCCAGUAGUAAGGCUAUGCUAUAGGAUAUCUUGCAAGGACUUUUUUUCAUGGAAUUUUCAUCAAAUAUCUCUGCUUUGUAUAUCUUUGACUGUUUUAAUUAAUUCAUGUUUUCAUACUUUGCUGCAUAACUUAGCUGAUUUGACAAUUUGUACGGCUCAAAUGAUUUUUUUUAGCAUCUGAGUGCAAUUUUGUUAGUUGGGCUUUAAAUUCCCAGUAGACCCUUUCCUUCGUUUUGUAAAACACAACACAUGAUUCAGAGUUUAAACUGAGUCGCACUUCUGCUUUUACUAGUCAGGUUUCUGAAAAUCAUGCUCAUAUGACAGAUCAUUUAUAAUGUAUGUACCUAAACAUAUACCAUACAUCGUUACAUUGCUAGAAAUUGCUGGAUUUAUUUGACUUUUAUGCUAUUUCAAAUGUGUAAUACCUUAUGCUGGUAAUAAGCAUGAAGUUCACUCAGCAGCAAAAGCUCAGAACUUGUUUUUCUGCUACAUGGGCUCUUGCAGACUCCUGGGAGAAGCAGCUCAACCUGAACUAAUCCAAAUCCGAUUCAAAGGGAGCACAGUGGUCCUUAGAGAAACCAGGAGUGACGACCAGGAAAUAUAAGCCUGCUGCUAAUUAGAAAACCCAUUUUUUCAGGACCACAACUUUCACAGAGAGCACAAACAUGGUAAUUUCCAGGCACUUAAAGCAGCACAAUGUAACUUUCAGCUUUUGUUGAGUUUGGCGGCUCCUUUGGACAAAAGCGGUAGUGCUUUACCAGUAGUGUGGAAGGGUUCCUACCAUACACCUCAAAGUUACAUAGUGCCAGUGAAGGCGAUACAGACCCCUCAGACCAUGACAGAGGUUCAUUAAACCUGUUGGAAGUUGAUGUACCAUCACAAUGACUCUGGAAAUAUUAUAUUAAGGUGGAAAAGUUACAUUGUGCUGCUUUAACAUUCAUCUUGGUAAUCAGUGAUAUACUGUGCCCAAGAUGAUUGCAAUCAGAUAUGUUCACCACCAACAGUUCCACCAAGCACACUGCACAGUCUCUUUCAGCAGAUGUUCUCAGGUUGGUUAAUUUAUUUACUAUACAUUCUUACUUUAAUGUACAAUCGAUUAAUUAACAUAUUUUUGAAGUAUACUGAAGUAAACUCAAUAAAAAUGAAACAAAUUAACCGCAUGGUAAUUCUUGGCACCACUCAGAGACUCAGAAAAGAUCUUACCACAGACCAAUUAUCUACUGCGCCUUUUCCAUCACUGUGAUAUGCCGGUCAAACUUGACUAUCUAGAGGAACUAAAAGUCGUGACAAUGUUUCCUCAUAACCAUAUGUUCUUGGGCUUUGAGAUUUUUGAUAUGUAUAAAAAGCGACAUUGUGCUGCUGCAGAUGCAGCAUCCGUGAUGAUGAUGAUUGAAUCCAGGUGUAGGAGGCGAUAAGUCGUUAAAAAAAUUCAGUGGUGUGUGAGGUCAGCUGAGGCGACUGAACAGACGAAAUAAAUGAAAUGUUAAACCAAAGAGUUCAGGACAAAGAGAACAAAGAUUAUCUUUUGACGGGUUUAAUCAUUUCGGAGUAUUUUUGGGUGGGGGAAACAAAAAAAAGGGAAAAUAUUAGUGAUCUUGGCCUCACAGUCCGUCAUCUACAAAAUCUUGCGCUUAGAAAGUGGUUGCACAUGGAAGAAUGCAGAUUUUCUAUUGAGAAUGCUUUUGAUGGUAGAAUUGGCUUAUUCAUGUGAAGAAGUUAUCAAGGGAGCUUGAAUGACAAAGCAACAAUAACAGCUUGAGUCAACCAUUAUGUAAGGCUUUGCUUAAGAAACUAAGCUGUGCUCCUCAAAUGAUUUCUUUGUCUUUGGGGAACUUCAAAGGAGAUUAAAGAACCUCUGUAAUGUUUGGUUUAAUAGCUUGAGAAAGUUUCCAAAGUCUUUAAAAUCAAAUGAAGGGUGAUUAAGCCUGUAGUCAACAGAUAAAGCAUUGCAGCAGUUAAUUUAAAAUGGAAAUGUCUAUCUCAUUAAAUUUCCAUGAGGAGGGCGAUAGUUGUAGUAGCCACACUUUCUUUUUACAAGGGGUACUAGUGUUUAAUCACAUAAAUAUGGCUUCUUGGAGCUUAGUGUAUUUUCUUCCACACUUUUUAAAUGAACCUUUUGACAUUUUGGAAAAGAGACUUAAAUCAUUUCUUACCAUUAACUGAGUUGGUGCAGAAAAUGUCAUUUUUUUGCUGUUGAAAUAAGACUAUAAGGUUGCAAACUUUCUUCACAACUUUGUGUUUUCACAGAAAAAUAGAAAUGGUUUGAAAGUAAAACCUUAGCUACAUUUGGAAAGACUUAAGUUCGGUAUUCUUAGCUUUCCUAAAUUUACUUCCACCAUUUUUAGCUUCAUAUUUACUUUAUAGAUGCAAGAUCAUUUUAUGUGGUGACACAUAAUGUGUUCAAAUACUAUCAGCAUCAAUAACAGCAAGACAUGAAUUCAGGUGAAGUACGCAGUCACGUUCAAAACCGCAGGCAAAGUUAAAGUGAUGGAUCCAAACUGUCACAAAUCUAAUGCAGGACGUUAGUAUUUGCAACAUUUGUAGACAUGAUUGUAUAUUUAAGCCAAUAUAGAUUUUGGUUUCAGUCUGUUUUUACUGAGGUUGAGGUAACUAAACUACAUCUAUGAAAAAGAAAAAGUUUAGGUUAAGACCGCGACCACAACCAUGUGGUAAGAGUGGUUUAGUAAACAAAACUACUUUGUUAAAAAAACAACAAAAAAAACAACUGUAUAGAUUUUAAGGUGACAUUACCCACUAUUUAUAAGGUGGUACCGUUGGAAUAACAAGCUGAUUGAACUCAUCAUCCUGGAACCAACACAGCGGAGGAAAGCUUAAUGCAAGCACCUUAUUUUAACGUCUGACAUCAUUAUUUUAUGCUUUGUUAAGUGAUGACGGUCAUUCUGUUUCAUUUCUGUGAGGACAGAUGGCCUUUUACAAAAAACCCAAGUGUGUAUAUUCUCUAAAACGUGCACUGUACUGCUGUACAUCUGUACUGAAGUUUUUGGUUGAAACUGAUGAUGGUAUUGAAGCGAUCAGUCCAAUUGUCUGACCCUAAAAAGACAAAAAGAGUAAUUAUCUAGGCAUUCACACUUUUUCAGAAACUGAAAUUUUCUGGAAACAAUUUAUAAAAAGGUAAUCACCCACUUUGACGACAAGGAUGUACACUAACUUAGCAUUCAGUGGAAGACUUUGUGUGUAGCAGGUGAUUACUGGGGCCAUCGGUCAGGCAGAAGGGAGUGGGCUUGUCAGGGAGACACUGUCUCCCGGUAACUUCUGUUUUAACAGCAAAUGUUUGCAUAUGCAGGACCAAAUAGCUGUCAACAAGCUCCUUUCUGAUGACUUAAAACCUGGAAAAGGUGCGAGUGAAAAUGAUUUAAUUUUAUAAUGAUUCAGAUGAUUUUGCCUUUGUUACAGUAGUGGUCUUGUUUGAGUUCAAAGCAGCAAGGCAACAAUUCAUGAAUGCACCAAAAACUUUAAUGAUUUUCUUUAAAAAAAAAUGUUUUAAGUAUGAGCAGAUUUAUUUCUUUUUCUCUUUUCUGUAUAAUCUAAAUGCUCUAAUAAGAUUAUGUUAAAAAAAAAUCACCCAGUACUUUGUCAACCACUUUUUUCUCCCUCACUAUGUCCCAUAAAAUACCCAGGUGAAGAGUGUAAACAGUGAGUUAAAGAAUCGCACAAAGGAAUGCUUGACAAUACUCUGUUAUUCUAGUUAUUGCAUGGUAACGCUGACAGCUUUGCUUCUUUAAGAAUUGAGUUUUUAUGUGUAAAUGGUGUAUUAUAUUAAAUCUGCUAUAAAUGUAUGAUCAAGAAACUGUAAAUAAAAUGACUUUGUGUAAACCCUUCAA